AUGGUCAUGCUCAAGGAUCCGUCGACAAAAUACAAACCAUUUCCGCCAGUACAUCUCCCCGACCGGCAAUGGCCCUCCAAGACAAUCGACAAGGCGCCCCGGUGGCUGUCGACAGACCUGCGUGACGGCAACCAGAGCUUGGUCGACCCAAUGAACGGCGACGAGAAGUGGACAUACUUCAAGAUGCUCUGCGACCUGGGAUACAAGGAGAUCGAGGUGUCGUUCCCGUCGGCAUCACAGACGGACUUUGACUUUACGCGGCGCCUGAUCGAGACGCCGGGAGCAGUACCGGACGACGUGUACCUGCAGGUGCUGUCGCCGUGUCGCGAGGACCUGAUCCGGCGAACGGUCGAGUCAGUGCGCGGCGCCAAGCGAGCCAUCAUCCACAUCUACCUGGCGACGAGCGAGUGUUUCCGGCGGGUGGUAUUCAACUUCUCCGAGGAAGAGUCGCUGGAGCUGGCCUCGCGGUGCGCCAAGCUGGUGCGGUCGCUCACAAAAGACAGCCCCGACCCUGAAGUCCGGGCGACCGAGUGGGCAUUUGAAUUCAGUCCCGAGACCUUUUCGGACACGCGUCUGGACUUCUCGGUGCAGGUGUGCGAGGCCGUCAAGGCAGCCUGGGGCCCGACAGUAGAGCAGCCCAUCAUUUUCAACCUGCCGGCAACUGUGGAGAUGGCCACGCCCAACGUAUACGCCGACCAGAUCGAGUACUUUUGCCGCCACAUCUCGCAGCGGGAGCGCGUGUGCGUGUCGCUGCACCCGCACAACGACCGUGGCUGUGCCGUGGCAGCGGCUGAGCUGGCUCAGAUGGCUGGUGCCGACCGCGUCGAGGGCUGUCUCUUUGGCAACGGUGAGCGCACCGGCAACGUCGAUCUCGUCACCCUGGCCCUCAACCUGUACACCCAGGGCGUGUCGCCUCGUGUCGAUCUGUCGGACCUGCAGCACGUCAUCGGCGUCGUCGAAGUCUGCAACAAGAUCCCGGUCCAUCCGCGUGCGCCCUACGGCGGCUCGCUCGUCGUCUGUGCCUUUAGCGGCUCGCACCAGGACGCCAUCAAGAAGGGCUUCCUGGCCCGCGAGAAGACAGGUCGCGACGCCACCGAUCACUGGCAGGCCGUCAUCCGCGUCAACUCCCAGAGCGGCAAGGGCGGCGCUGCCUGGAUCAUUCAGCAGUAUCUUCACCUCGACCUGCCGCGAGGCCUGCAGGUCGACUUUAGCCGCACUGUUCAGCGCAUGGCCGAGGAGCGUGGCCGCGAGCUGCUGCCCGUCGAGAUCACCGAGCUCUUUGAGCGCACCUACUUUCUGCGCGAGAAUCCACGCUUCUCCCUCGUCGAUUACAGCAUCCUGCCCGACCGUUCGACCAGCCCGGCCCCUCCGCCGGCUGCUGGCCGCACGCAGGACACCAAGAACAUGAAGCGUGUCUUUGCUGGCGUCCUGCUCGUCAACGGCGAGGAGCACCGCCUGACCGGCCGCGGCACUGGCCCCAUCUCCAGUCUGGCCGCCGCUCUCAAGCCCAUUGUCGGUGUCGACAUCGAGGUCAACGACUACAAGGAGCAUGCGGUUGGCCGUGGUCGCGACGUCCGUGCUGCCACCUACAUUGAAUGCACCGCUGCCAGCAGCCAGAAGGUCUGGGGCGUCGGCCUGCACGAGGACGUUGUCACGAGCUCGCUGCACGCCAUGCUGAGUGCCGCCAGCAAUUUUAUGGCCAGCCAGCCCGGAACGCCGCAGGUCAACCGUACCGUCCCCAAGCGCACCCUUAGCAAGGAGCUAGACUUGAGCACGUCCGCAGCUACUGCACCCAAGCCGGAUCUGAUCCAGGCCCUGGAGGCGCGUGCCGACGAGAUGUAG